UAACUCAGCUAACUGAUUUCUCAUUUGAACCAAAAAAUAAAGACGAGUAUGUGGAGGCGCAGGGCUUUUUCUCUCCUUCGACCACCGCAAACAAGACCCUUCUCCACCACCACCACUACCACCGCCACAGGUGAAACUCCAUCUCUGUACUCUUUCCUGCAACCCUCCCUUUUCUCCUUAAAGCCCCAACAAACAGCAUCACCACCGUCUCCACCUCCCACAUCUUCUAAAAUCAUUACCCCAGAACACAAAACCACCCUAGAAAUCACCCUCCAACAAUCUCUUUCCACCGCCGACACUGAUGAAGCUUGGAAAUCAUUCAAGUCUCUCACAAACACUUCCUCUUACCCCAGUAAGUCUCUCACCAAUUCCCUCAUUACCCACUUAUCUUCUCUCUCGGAUGUUCAUAAUCUCAAAAGGGCUUUCACUGCUGUUGUUUUCUUGGUUGAGAAGAAUCCCAAUUUGUUAGAUUUUGAUUCUGUGAGUAGGGUUUUGAGUUCCAUGGCUGCUGCUAAUUAUGCUGCUCCUGCUUUUUCCUUAGUUAAAUGUAUGUUUAAGAAUAGAUUUUUUGUCCCUUUUGAUAUGUGUGGUCCUGUGCUUGUUGAGAUUAGUAAGAAGAAUGGGAGUUUUGUUGGGUAUUUGGGUGUUUUUCAUGAGAAUUGUAGGGUUGCUAUUGAUGAGAAGUUGGAUUUUAUGAAACCUAAUUUGGAUGCUUGUAAUGCUGCUUUGGAGGGGUGUUGUUCCGAUCUUGAAUCGGUGGAGGAAGCGGAAAGGGUUAUUGAGUUGAUGUCGGUUUUGGGGGUUAGGCCCAAUGAAUUGAGUUUCGGGUUGCUUGGGUAUUUGUAUGCGUUGAAGGGCCUAGAAGGGAAAAUAGUCGAGUUGGGGAGUUUGAUGGGUGGAUUUGGAUUUACGGAUAAAAUGGUGUUCUUGAGUUAUCUGAUUCGGGGUUAUGUUAAAGCAGGCAGUAUGGAAUCGGUCUCUAAGACGGUCUUGUGUAGUUUGAAAGCAGGAGAAGGAGAUGGUUCAAAAUUCAGUGAAGAAACUUACUGUGAGAUUGUGAAAGGGUUUCUAAAGCAUGGGAGUAUUAAGGAUUUAGCAGCAUUGGUUGCUGAAGCUCAAAUGUCAGAGCCUGAAAAUGUCGUUGGGGAACAAUCUACAGGGUUUGGAAUUGUUAAUGCUUGUACUGUACUUGGGAUGUUGGAUAAGGCACAUAGUAUAUUGGAUGAGAUGAAAGCUAAAGGAGCUGUUGUUGGACUUGGGGUGUAUUUGUCAAUCUUGAAAGCCUACUGUAAAGAGUAUAGGACAGCUGAAGCUGCGCAAAUGGUAGCGGAGAUCAAUUGUUCUGGCUUGCACUUGGAUGUUAGUUGUUAUGACUCUUUAAUAGAAGCGUCAAUGUCAAGCCAGGAUUUCCAGUCUGCAUUUUCUUUGUUUAGGGACAUGAGGGAUGCAAGAAUAUCGGAGCUGAAAGGAAGUUAUCUUACCAUAAUGACUGGUUUGACAGAAAAUAACCGGCCUGAAUUAAUGGCAGCAUUCUUGGAUGAGGUUGUUGAGGAUCCUCGGAUAGAAGUGGGGACACAUGACUGGAAUUCUAUUAUUCAUGCUUUCUGUAAGGCUGGUCGGCUAGAAGAUGCUAGUAGAACAUUUAGGAGAAUGGCCUUUCUUCAUUUUGGACCUAAUGAGCAGACAUAUUUGUCAUUGAUUAAUGGUUACGUUGUUGCAGGGAAAUACUUUAAUGUUUUGAUGCUUUGGAAUGAGGUUAAAAGGCGAGUCUCGACUGAUGACUAUGGAGGCUUUAAGUUAAAUCACAAAUUGAUUGACGCUUUCCUCUAUGCACUGGUAAAGGGAGGAUUUUUUGAUGCUGUGAUGCAAGUAGUUGACAAAUCUCGAGAAUGGAAGAUAUUCAUUGAUAAGUGGAGAUAUAAACAAGCAUUCAUGGAGACCCACAAGAAACUUAAAGUAUCUAAGCUGAGAAGGAAGAAUUUCAAGAAGAUGGAGGCCCUAAUUGCUUUUAAGAAUUGGGCUGGUUUGAGUGUAUGAAGCUUUUAGCCGUUCAAUGCCUGCUUUCAGGCAAAGAAUUGAGCUCCAUUGAAUUGGAUGAUGGUGGCUCUUUGUCGCUCGCUCUUGUCAAUGCAUAAGAUAGAAUGAAGGGAAGACCUCUCUUUAUCCCCCAGAAUUAUGAGUUUUAUCUGCUGCUCUUCAGAAAUUUCAUGGGCUUACAGCUUUAUCCAGGAACCUUGUGAACUUCCAAUUGUUGCUGAUGGGCCAUGUCAUAAGUUGCAUGGAGACCAAAUAUUAAGUAGUAGAUCAACAUUACAACUGUACAGAUCCCAAAUCUUAUGAAAGCUUCAGUUCUUAAUGAACCCAUUAGGAACAAAUUUAUGGCAAUAGACAAGGAUGGAAUCCACGGAACAAACGGGACACCCCAGACCUUUGGUGUACGUUCCUGAGGCAAUUUGAUAGCUAUUCCCAUGGUUGCCAAAAACCAACAAGGACCAGUUAUAGCAUAACCUAACCAGCCAUGGGGAUUUGAACUCCAAUAAGCUGAGCUUCCCAUAGAAGCAGCAAUGAUGAUCAGCAAUAAUAUAACAAGUGUCCUGAGAUUUCUGCGACUAGUGACUCCUUUCACAUAAUACCUUCUCACUAGAAGUGCAAUUGCCAUCAUCAUGAAGAUAAACAACGUGCUGAUAGAUAACAAGUCUGCUAACAUGUCUAAGCUUGAGAAGAAAGCAAAACUGGCGCUUAAGAUAGUAGUUAAUAAUGUGGCGUUUAUGGGUGUGCCUGUUUUCGGGUGUACAAGAGCAAACAAUGGUGGAAUCAUAUGAGCUCGUGCUAUGUGAGUCGUGUAUCGAGCUUGUCCAAGUGAUCCUACCAGUAGCACUGUUGUCAUUCCCUUAAGUGCACCAAGAGCAACCAGAGGCUUUGCCCACUUUAAUCCGACACUCUCGAAUGCAAGAGAGUAUGCUGCAUCUGGAUUGAUAUUUGUAUAUGGUUGCAUCAUACUCAGUGAAAGAGCCAUCAGGCAGUAUAUCACUAUGAUACAAGACAUUGAUCCAAGUAAGCCUAUUGGUAUAUCUGUUGCUGGGUUUUUUGUUUCUUCAGCCAGGUUGGCUAUUGUGUCAAAUCCACCAUAAGCAAAGUAUAUAACUGCUGCAGCUUGAAAUAUCCCCUUAACCCCAUAGGGAAGAAAUGGAGUCAUAUUCGAAGAUUUUCCAUGCAAAAAUCCUGCGAUAAUGACAAAGAUUAUCACGGCAGUGUUUAUCGCUGAUGCAAUCCAGUUAAUGAUGGAAGUUUUCCGGGUGCUUAUGAUGGCGAUAGUGGAAGAGAUUAUUAGAACUGCAACAGCAAUUGGAUCCAAAAGGUUGAACCCUUGAGAAAGAUUUGAACGUAUCCUUAAAGAAUCGGGGUGACGGUUUAACAGAGUUGUGAAAUAAGAGGUCCAACCUCUAGCAACUGCUGCACUCCCAACAAUACCUUCUAACAGAAUGUUACCUGCUGCUAUGAAUGCUACAAAGUCACCCAAUUCUAUUCUCAGGUAAGCAAAUGAACCACCUGCUACUGGAAUCUCUACUGCAAAUUCAGUGUAGCAGAAAACAGAAAGCAUUGCUGAGAAACCAGAAACCACAUAAGACAGAACAAUUGCUGGUCCAGCUCCAUCAUGAGCUUCUUUUCCAGUAAGAACAAAUAUUCCUGCACCAAUCACUGAACCGAACCCGAACCAGGUAAGGUCCCACCAAUUCAGGCAACGCUUCAUGUCGUUUUUGCUUUGCUGUCGAAUGUCUCCCAGCUCGUUUGCAUCGUCUGAUCGACUCACAAGACGGUCUCUGAAUCGGUGGCAUGUCUGUGAGACUGCCGACUUGUAGGAACUCCAGUUUUUGAAGGACUCUCCUGGGAAAAAAUCACUCUUGCUCAACUUCCAGUAGUUUGGUGGGUUUACAGUGUUUGGUUCUCUAGGAGUAGCCAUUGUUUUCUUAGUUUGGAGUUUUGUUUUUGCAGUAUGGCAAUGAGUCUUGUAUCUUGAAUUGUAGUAUCAGUAUGCAGUUUUUGACUUUCAAGUCUUUGGACUUCAAAGUUGUGAAUGAUAUUCAUCAGUAAUUUAGCUACUGUACAAAUA